GGGACUACUUUUGUAAUUUCCCCCUUUUCUUCUUGCUUCCGCUUCCAGGUGGUCUGAGAACGAUACUCCCUCUCUUCCGGUUCGCGGUUAGGGCAAACGGCGAACCUGGAGAAGUCUCUCUUCUUCGUCGUCUACUUCGUUUUUCAUCGAAGAAGCUUGGUCUCUUCCUCCGCCCGACGACGGCCACUGGUGGAGCUUCUGCAGCGACGGCAGUGACUUUGACUAAAAUGGAAGUGUUUAAAAGGGCCAUCCUUGAGCCUGGACCACCUGAGAAUUUUGCUCUUUCGACAGUUCAAGAAGUUAUAAAACCUCAGAAACAAACAAAAUUGGCGCAAGAUGAGAAUCAGCUGCUCGAAAAUAUUCUUCGGGCAUUGCUUCAGGAACUGGUGGCAGCUGCUGUACAAUCAGGAGAGCCGAUUAUGCAGCACGGGCAAUCAGUUGAUGACAGUGAAAUAGCUCAAGGACAUAUUCCCCGACUUCUUGACAUUGUGCUCUAUCUUUGUGAGAAAGAGCAUAUUGAGGGUGGUAUGAUAUUUCAACUGCUAGAAGACUUGACGGAAAUGUCCACAAUGAGGAACUGCAAAGAUAUAUUUGGUUAUAUUGAGAGUAAACAGGAUAUAUUAGGGAAGCAAGAGCUCUUUGCUCGUGGAAAACUCGUCAUGUUGAGAACAUGCAAUCAACUUCUUCGUCGACUAUCAAAGGCAAAUGAUGUGGUUUUUUGUGGACGUAUUCUCAUGUUUCUGGCUCACUUUUUUCCACUCUCAGAGCGUUCAGCUGUAAAUAUCAAAGGAGUUUUCAACACAUCAAAUGAAACAAGCUACGAAAAGGAUCCUCCUGCUGGGAUAUCUGUUGACUUCAACUUCUAUAAAACCUUCUGGAGUUUACAGGAGUGUUUUUGCAACCCUCCUUCAUUAAUGAAUGCUCCUACAAAAUGGCAGAAAUUCACAUCCAGUCUAAUGGUUGUUCUGAGUACCUUUGAAGCUCAGCCAUUAAGUGAUGAGGAGGGAGAUGCCAUUAAUAUGGAGGAAGAGGCAGCGAAUUUUGGCAUAAAGUAUCUAACAAGUAGUAAACUUAUGGGUCUGGAAUUAAAAGAUCCAAGUUUUCGUCGCCAUAUUCUUGUUCAGUGCCUCAUCCUGUUUGACUAUCUAAGGUCCCCUGGAAAGAAUGAGAAGGAUUUGCCCUCUGAAAGCAUGCAAGAAGAAAUAAAAUCUUGUGAGGAUCGCGUUAAGAAGCUGCUAGAAAUGACUCCGCCUAGAGGCAAAGAUUUUCUUAAUAAGAUUGAGCAUAUACUAGAACGAGAAAAGAACUGGGUUUGGUGGAAACGUGAUGGUUGCCCACCCUUUGAGAAACAACCAAUGGAGAAAAAGACAGUACAAGAUGGUACUAGAAAAAGGAGACCAAGGUGGAGACUAGGAAAUAAAGAACUGUCACAGUUGUGGAAGUGGGCUGAUCAGAAUCCAAAUGCAUUGACCAAUCCUCAACGUGUCCGAACUCCUGCUGUUAUGGAGUACUGGAAACCCUUGGCUGAAGAUAUGGAUCUAUCAGCUGGAAUAGAAGACGAUUAUCAUCACAAGAAUAAUCGGGUAUAUUGUUGGAAAGGUCUUCGUUUUUCGGCUCGGCAGGAUUUGGAAGGAUUUUCUCGAUUCACCGACCAUGGCAUUGAAGGGGUUGUGCCUCUUGAACUUUUGCCAUCCGACAUUCGGUCGAAGUAUCAAGCUAAGCCAAAUGAGAGAUCCAAACGUGCUAAGAAGGAAGAAACAAAGAUUACUCCUCAGCAAGCUGAAGAAAAUCAGAUUGCUACACCUGCAAGUGAGGUUGAUGGUGAAGGUAUGAGAGGGGAUCUUGAAACAACAGCGAUACCCAUGGACACAGACUCAGCGAGUGCCGCAGCUGUCAAUGAUUCCCAAGGCAGUACCCCGGCACUGGAUGAACAUCUGAAGCAGGGGUCCGACACAGACAUCGGCCCAGAGCCAGGCCAGUUGGAAGCAGAUGUUGAAGCAGAAGCAGAAGCAGAAGCAGGAACGGUGGAUGGAGAGACAGAUGCUGAAGUUGACCUAGAUACAGUAGGAUGAGUGCAAGCGAAGAGGUCUCCUUUGCAGAGAUAUAUAUCUUCUGCGUUGCUAGGAGUUAGCGCCUUUUUAGCAUUGAAGUGAGAGAAAUGUAGUAGGAAACAUUAGCUGCAAUACACAGGC